GAAUAGAUUAAGCAAUACUUGAAUCAAUAUGGUCGCCAGUUUUUAUAUAAUAGCUCUUUAUUAGGAUGAAUAAAAUGUGAGCCUUGAUUCGUCGCUCAUAUCAUAGUAUGCUUGGCGGCCCGUUCCGACAGACCCCAAUCUCAACUCGAAGACGUGAAUGUGACGGUGAGAUGCUGUCAUCUAGAUCGUCAUUAUUCUAUGUAAGAGCGAUGGGUUGGGUAUAUUAGAAACCUCAUUAGUGUACCAAGAAUGCUUCGUCAAUCAAGUCGUCUCGUCCGGUUUGUAAGGACCCCGGUGAGGGUCUACAGUCCAGCCCCUUCACACGUUCUUCAGCGCACAUUCGCAGAACACCAUUUUCCAGGAAACAAAGCCGAAUCUCUCGAACACAGCCAAAUAUUCAAGAUAAGCCAGGCUAUUCAACAAGACCACAGCGAGCUAGAAGAUUACUACAACCGCAUUGUCAGCUCCAAAGACCCCGACGAGCAGAGGCGAUUUCAAAAUAUCUUCAUUUGGGAGCUAUCACGCCACUCAAUUGCAGAGGAGCUCGUCGUAUAUCCGACCUUAGAAAAGGCGAUUCCUGAUGGAGCCUAUAGAGCUGAUAAGGAUCGCGAGGAGCAUCAAAAGGUUAAAGAGCAACUCUACGAAUUCCAGAAGCUGAGACCUGAAGACCAUAGUUUCCUCCCCACGUUGGAGGCGCUCUUCAAAGACCUGAAGCGUCAUAUCAAAGAGGAGGAAGAACAAGAUCUUGUAAAGCUGGAGGAUGCACUUGGGCUAACGCAGUCUAAAGAAUUGUGUCAGAAGUUCGAGAAGACGAAGUUGUUUACACCAACCCGAAGUCAUCCCAGUUCUCCUAACAAGCCCCCAUUUGAAACGGUCGUUAGCUUCAUGACCGCACCAAUUGAUAAGAUCCGGGACCUAUUCACCAAGUUCCCAGACCCUAAAUCCACAAAGCCGUAUGGUGGUAAAUCGCCCUGAGGGAUAGUCAUCCCCCCUAUUAGGAUAUGCUGUAAGGGAUAUAUGAAAAUGUCCGAACUCCAUAUAUUAAGGGGUGGGAAGUAGAUCAUCAUUCACGAGGAAGCCCGAACAGCAAGCGACUAAACAGAGAUAUGGCUUAUAUGGUACAUUGGAAAUACACUAUCGCUUUAAAGUACCUAUCUACCUCUAUUAUUCCUUAAAUUAGCAAUUAUAUGUGAACAGCUAGUGAGCGUAUUUACUUGUACCACGCUACCGGG